AUGAGAACAGUAGGAGAGGAAGUGCUGGGUAAAACGUCGGGGAAAGUGAAGACUGGAAAGGAGACGUGGUGGUGGUGUGAAGAAGUACAGAGGCGCAUUCGAGAGAAGAAGGAAGCGAGGAAGAGAAGUUUUGAGGGCCAAUCAGAAGAGAAUAGAGCCAAGUACAAAACAGCAAAAAGGGAAGCAAAGAGAGCAGUAGCAGUGGCGAAGGCAAGAGCGUACGACCAGCUCUAUAAAGACCUGGAUACCGGUGAAGGCAUGAAGAAGGUCCUGAAGAUGGCAAAGCAAAGGGAUAAGAGCUCAAAGGACAUCUAUCAGGCGAAGUUGAUAAAGAGUGAGGAGGGAAAUGUGCUGGUAAAGGACAAAGAGAUCCUGGAAAGGUGGCAGACGUAUUUCAUGGAACUCUUGAAUGAAGAAAACACUAGGGAAGCACGGGAGGAGGAACAAGCAGAGAACCCAGAAGUGGUGGAGGCCAUCAUAGAAGUCGAGGUAAAGAGAGCGCUCAAGAAGAUGCAAAACGGGAAGGCGCGAGAAAUAGAAUACAGGAAAACAGUUGUAGGCAUUUUCUCAGCAUUUUUGGGCCAAGUGGUGCUAUGCAUGCAAGCUUGGAUUGUCGUGGUCUGCCUCGACUCCGCGGGGAAUAGUUCCGGAGUGGAAGCUUUUAAGGACCCUUUUACAACUCCCCAAAGGAUCUAA